UCAUCGAUACCGUUAUAUCAAUAUAUUAGACAUUGAUGCUUGCUUGUGGAUAAUGUACAUUUUAAGCAUAUUAUGCACCUAAUUAUGAUCUCUUUCUUUAAAAGAGGACAUAAUUAAAUACAUUCCCUAGUGCUAAAAGCCUCAAAUAUAUAUAUAUAAACUCUCACCAUGUAAGUAUAUACUUACAAUCUUGAUUUUCAAAAAAAAAUUAUGGGAUUCUCUCUCAAUUCCAUCACUCAAAAGAUCAUUUUUCUGUCACUAAUUGCAACAACUUUAGUACAAUCCCAAGAAACAAUAAAAUCGGCCCGUAUUCUCGAUCUCGUAAUCCGAGACUACACAUUCGAAUCGUACAAGACCAAUUUCAAGACAGGCAAACUACAUAGUAUCAAUCUACCGGCAAAUCUCUCCGGCAUAAAAGUCGACACGGUAAGAUUCCGGUGCGGCAGCCUUCAUCGCUACGGAGCCAGAAUCAAAGAAUUCCAACUAAGCGUCGGCCUAAAAAUCCUCCCAUGCGAUAAACGAGUCAUGAUCGUAAGGCAAAACCUCGGUUCGAACUGGUCUUCAUUGUACUACGACAACUACGAGUUAUCAGGUUAUCAGUUAGUUUCGCCCGUCUUAGGUUUACUCGCUUACAACCUCGGCGAAACAAACAACGCAAGUGUUAGUACUAAUAGUACCAGCAGCAGUAGUAGUAGUAGUAGUAUUCGGUCUGAUGAAAAAAGGCCGAUUAUUAUAGACUUCAGCACUACAAAAUCGGUGGGCGCCACGUCAUCAUCACCAUCCAAGAUUCCUCUAUGUGCGAGGUUCGGCGACGGAGAUGGGAAGGUGACGCUGUCGAACCAAGUGGGGCCCGGCUUGUGCGCUACGACCGGGGACGGGCAUUUCGGGCUGGUGGUGGAAUAUUCCCCGGUGAUGCCGCCGUUGAGGGGAGAAGAUCGGAAAGAGGUGAGUAGGUGGAGGAUUGUGGUCGGUGGAGCGAUGGGGGCGGCGGUGGGGGCGGUUCUGAUCGGUUUGCUGAUGGUGGCGGUGUUCGUGAAGACGAAGAAGAAGAAGGAGAGAAGGGAGGAAUUAGUGAGGAGGGCAUAUGAAGAGGAAGCUUUGCAGGUUUCCAUGGUUGGACAUGUUAGAGCUCUUACAGCUUCUUGUACAAGAACUUUGCCUACUAUUGAGCAUUUUGAGUAUAGACCACCUCCCUCUUGAUCUU